UUAGCGGUGAUUAACAGAAUUUUUCAUCCCCUUCAUUUGUCGACGAACAGAAAUCUCCGAAACUCCAAAAUUUUUCUGUUACUUUCUCUUUGGAUCUGAUCUUCUUCGUUCUUUCUUCCUUUCUUUUCUUCGAUUCGACUAAUUUUCUCAUCAUUUUCCCGAGAAAAUUCCCUUCCCGGGAAAUGUCGCACAGCGAUACAAUUCCUCUUCAUCAAUCGUCCCAGUCGGACAUCGACGAGAUUGAAAAUCUCAUCAACGCCAGCGUCCAAACCGGCCCCACAACUGUUCUUGCAGCUCGAUCCCCAAGUCCUCCCAGGGCUUCCAUUCCUGUUUCCUCUUCCCCGUUUUUACACUCCAAUCUCCCAUCACAUCCCUCCAAAUCGAGUAAUCAGAAGCCGCCGUCUGUCUUCCCUGCUCCUCCGCCAUUGCCCGUCUCCAGUAAUGGCAGGUCUGAUGCAUCGGCGACUGGUUUCGGAUCGCAGCCCAGCACUCUGACGGAACCGGUCUGGGAUACCGUCAAGAGGGAUCUGUCCCGGAUCGUUAGCAAUUUGAAGCUUGUGGUUUUUCCCAACCCUUUCCGUGAGGACCCCGGAAAGGCUUUGAGGGAUUGGGAUCUCUGGGGGCCUUUCUUUUUCAUUGUGUUCCUUGGUCUCGUUCUUUCGUGGUCUGCAUCCGUCAAGAAGUCUGAGGUUUUUGCUGUUGCAUUUGCACUUCUUGCUGCUGGUGCAGUGAUUCUGACCUUGAACGUGCUUCUUCUGGGUGGACAAAUAAUUUUCUUCCAAAGCUUGAGUCUUUUGGGAUAUUGCCUGUUUCCUCUAGAUGUUGGAGCAUUGAUCUGCAUGAUGAAGGACAAUGUAGUAGUGAAGAUAGCCGUGGUAUGUGUGACCUUGGCAUGGAGUUCUUGGGCUGCAUAUCCUUUCAUGAGUUCAGCUGUGAACCCAAGAAGAAAAGCUCUUGCACUCUAUCCUGUGUUCCUUAUGUAUGUAUCAGUUGGUUUUCUGAUCAUUGCCAUUAAUUGAGAUGCAUUAACAAUGGAGCUCUUAAAAGGGUUUUGGUAAGAAGAGAUCGAUAUGAUGAUUGAGUAAUGAUUUAGGAACCUCAUGAACUGAUCAAUAUUCUCUCACCUUGCUGUAACCCUUUCUUUUUGACUUAUAUCAUAUAAUGUCUUGAAACUCAGAUCUGCCUACAUCAUCAUAUUCACUGUCUGCAAGUUUUCUUUCAUGGAAAUCCAAGACCGUGUAAUAUUUCUUGUAAUUAUGAUAUGCCUUCAUUUCUUGAAUGCAAUCAUUUUAUGG